AUGAAAAUGUACGUUUUGGGAAUAUUUACCUCAUGGCUUGGAGCUGCUCGGGCCAUGGGGCCCGAAAGGAUUGCGCAGUUAAGGCAAGAAACAGCAGCCAUGUUCUACCAUGGCUUCGACAACUACAUGGAAAUUGCAUUUCCUGAAGACGAGAUAAGACCCGUAUCUUGCAUACCCUUAACUCGCGACCAGCAGAAUCAUCAAAACGUUGCUCUGAACGAUGUUCUCGGAAAUUAUUCCCUGACGUUAAUUGAUAGUCUCUCAACGCUUGCGAUAUUGGCAUCAAGUCCUCCAGAUGCCCAAGAAACUGCAGAGAAGUCCCUUCGAAAAUUUCAAGAUGGCGUGGCAUCACUUAUCCUGCAUUACGGAGAUGGUACUAAUGGAACAUCUGGUAAAGGGCUCAGGGGGCGUGGAUUUGACAUUGAUAGCAAAGUUCAGGUUUUCGAGACAGUUAUAAGAGGAGUAGGUGGGCUUUUAAGUGCUCAUUUAUUUGCUGUCGGAGAGCUACCAAUUUUGCAUUACAACCCUAAACUCUUGGAAGAAACCAAGCAAAAAAAAUUAAAAAAAGGAGAGUUACCUGCGAUUGUUUGGCCUAAUGGUUUGAACUACAACGGUCAGUUACUGCGUUUGGCUCUCGACUUGGCACAGCGAAUUUUGCCUGCCUUCUAUACUCCUACUGGAAUUCCUUAUCCUCGUGUCAAUUUGCGACAUGGAAUACCAUUUUAUCGGAAUUCUGCGAUGUAUGAAUCACAAGGCUUCUCAGAAAAUGAGGAAGCUGAAACAACUGAAACUUGUACAGCCGGUGCCGGAAGUCUAGUCCUCGAGUUCACAACACUAAGUCGUCUGACGCAUGAUUCACGCUUUGAGCAAUUGGCCAAGAGAGCUUUUUGGUCAGUAUGGGAAAAAAGAAGCUCCAUAGGUCUCUUAGGCGCUGGUAUUGACUCUGAGAAUGGCGAGUGGAUAGGCGCAUAUUCGGGUAUUGGCGCAGGCACUGACAGCUUUUUUGAGUAUGCAUUAAAAACUUACAUCCUUUUAUCGGGCCAUGAUCAGUUUAACUUCUCCAAACCUCAUGAAGAGGAGCAGGCAGAUCUUCCGGACCCUAACUUGAUGCAUGAACCUCUAUCUGUCGAGGAAAACUCAUCCGCAGCCUUUUUGGCCACUUGGUAUGAAGCUCGCUCAGCGGUGAAGAGAUAUUUGUACAGUAGUGUUCAUCAUCCACAUUAUAUAAAUGUUCACCUGAGCACGGGCUCACCGCAAGCAUACUGGAUCGAUAGCCUUAGUGCAUACUAUCCGGGAUUACUUGUAUUGGCAGGUGAAGUCGAAGAAGCAAUUCAGACAAAUCUAUUAUAUACGGCUCUAUGGACGCGAUAUUCUGCACUGCCCGAAAGGUGGUCAGUACAUCACGGACAGGUCGAGGGUGGUCUUGGCUGGUGGCCCGGUCGACCCGAAUUUAUCGAGUCGAAUUACUAUCUCUACCGCGCCACAAGGGAUCCAUGGUACCUUUAUGUCGGUGAAAUGGUUCUGAAAGAUAUCAAAGAAAGGUGCUGGACAAAAUGUGGCUGGUCGGGUCUACAAGAUGUCCGAACGGGCGAAAAGAAUGAUCGAAUGGAGAGCUUCUUUCUAGGAGAAACUACCAAGUACCUAUAUCUUCUCUUUGAUCUAGAACACCCAUUAAACUCUCUUGACGCCGGGUUUGUCUUCACCACUGAAGGUCAUCCGGUGAUCAUUCCAAAAAGUAACCAGGAUUUCGGUCCGGAAAACGUGAAAUUGGCACUCAAAUCGGUCCAAGAUGACGGCAAAAAAAUGAUAGAUACCUGCUCUGUCGCUCCUACACCGUUACCCUUUACCAUAUCCGUCACUACGGCUAGGCGUGACUUUUUUCAUGCAUCCAGCCUCAUUGGCCUACAUCUUCUGCCAAAUCAUCAUAUAGAUGAGGAUGAGAUCUUAGCCCUUUCACAACCUACAAUAAAUAGUCAGGCAAAUCUAGCAAAUUAUACUUAUUACCCUUGGACACUUCCCAGGGAUCUCAUGCCUGUCAACGGUUUUUGCGACAUUCUUCCUCUUAAGAAUACCUUCAGCAUUGAAUUUCCUACUACUAUGCCUGUUCUUACCUCAAGUACUUCUAAUUUUGUCCUAUUUGGUUCACAAAAUCUUCAUCGGAUCCCCGAAGGAAUUAUGGUAAAGUCUCUCUCUGGCCUUAUACUAGGCUUGAUAUUCGAGUCACCUUCUCUACAUGUUAAUGAAAGCCCAGAAUCGAUAAAUAUGUGGCGUGUAUGGAACAUAGCUAAUAUCCCGCUUGGGAGAGACGAGCAGAUUUUUAUGCCACGAGGCGUUAUCGGAGAGAUGAUUGACCCAUCAUUCACUCGGGUACGAGAUCCCGUUAUGCUUGAUUUAGUUCUGCAACUGGAUGAUCCAAAUUUAUCGCCUCACAGCUCAGCCGAUAAACCUCAGAGUUACAAUGAAGGGGUUAGUAGAAAAUCUGAUAAUGAAUCCUCAAGCAUAGAUGAUCCUACUGAACAAAAAACCAUCGUUUCAUCGUUGGGUCAGUCUUUUACAUCAAUCCCAGCGGCGCCUACUACCACCCCAACAGCAACACUACCUUUACAGCCCUCGUACCAAUUUUCCCCACUUCCCGCAAUUAUACCCACCGGGCCUGGUGCUGCCCCGUUUCCAGAUGUUCCAGAUGCGCAAGAUGCAGAUCCCAAGGCACAUGAUACCCAGCUCCUAUGGAAAACUGUUUACUUUGCAGGCGAUGGCUGCAAUGAAAGGAUCAAGGAUCAUGUACCCAAGAAUUUUCAAAUACUCGUACUUCGUCGAGGAAACUGUUCAUUUUCUGAUAAACUUUCCAAUAUACCAUCAUUUGCUCCAACUUCAGGCUCCCUCCAACUAGUUGUUGUAGUCUCUAGCGAAGAUGAUGAAGAUAAUGAUCAUGCUAAUGAUGAGACGGCCCAUGAGAGUGAAUAUCCCGGAACUCCGGUUCAUGGAAAUCUGGCCAAGAAAAAUCGACUAAUUAGGCCCUUGCUGGACAAGACACAGGUAACUUCUAGUGGGUUAGUCCGGCAUAAUCAGAUUGCGAUGGUCAUGGUCGGAGGUGGAAUUGAGACUGAGAAGCAGCUCAGGCGUGCACGAAGCUUAGGUGUCAAGAGACGCUUUCACAUAGAGAGCCAAGGACAUUUAGUGGGUAAUAUUGUUGUUCUUUAA